UUUAACACUAGCAUCAACCGCGCAAUCGUGAUCAUGUUUACCGCUUGGCAAUUUAGUUGAAGUUAUAUUUAAUUUUAUAGUUUUGCAAUAAUAAAAAGAAUAUAAUGCAGUCAAAUGCAAUAGUCAGUUUUAUAUUGCUUCUGUUCCACAAUGUGUGCUGUUACCAGGAUAGCUGGGUUGAGCCACAUGCGUGGGCGGAACUGACAACAACGCAAUUCAAUACACCAGGUGAAGAUGCCUGCCAAUGCCAAGCUUUGCCGCCUGAAGGGAAAUCACUGGCAACAAUAGAAGAUCAGCUAGCGCUAAUGUAUUUUAAAAAGUUUGUUAACACUCUGUUUAACCGAAAGAAGCUAAUGCAUGGCAAAACGUCAAACGUUUUCAAGCGAUCGCUUCUGUUUACAUUACAAGCGUCACAAGUUGUUGAACUUGAGACGGUCGAAGAUGUGCGUGAUCUUGAUAUUUUACUUAACAAAAUACUGGAUGAGGCAAACGACGUUCCUUUGUCGUCGGAUCAGGCUGAUGACGACUAUUUCUAUACGCACAAGGAAAUGGGAGUGAUUGCGCUUAUUACGGAUAUUUUCAAGGACCUUCAAAAACUACUUCAAAUAUCCGAAGUGCGUUUCAUGUUAACUGUUCUGUUGAUCAUCGCUACCGGAUGGAUUGUGCAUAAACGAUUCAGAUAUUCUGCAAUAGCCAUUGUUAUAGGCGGAAUAUUCCUUUACGGCUACUUCGUUACCUAUUUAGAGUGCAAUAGGAAACUAGAGGUUGAUGCUGUCAUUGAAGUAAUUGACAGUCAUCAAGAGUCCAUGGACAAUGAAAACACAAACUGGUUUUCAGGCAUAUAUGGCUCUUUAUUUAGAGAGUCUAAAGAAAAAGAACAGAGACAAAAAAUUUUAAAGUCUAGCAAAUUACGUAUGCCUUACUGUCGACCAGAUCAUGUGUUCAUUAUGUAUGCGAGUGAAAUUUUUCUCAAACAGAUCGAAAUGAUCUUGGAAAAAACCACUCACACUAUUUCGAGCUUAAAUUCGGAAUUAUCAUUUCCAUUCAACUUAAUAGCUCCAUUCGCCCUUGUAGCUCUGAUUGGGUACAUAAUUAAAAUGAUCUUCAAGUACGUUAUAAGUCCAAAGAUGUGGAUCGGAGUUUUUCAUGGAAAAUCUACGAAAACCUCUUCACAAUCUCAAGUCACUGCAAACGAAAUGGUUGAAGACCGUAUAUCGGGCGAAAACCUUAAAAUGUUAUUAAAUGUGAUAGGAACGACAAACAUAGCACAGAGCCAAACAAAACAAAAACAACUGCCGGUGUCGGGUGUACAAGAGUUGAUGGAACCACUUGAAGCUCCACCACCGCAGACGCCGGAGAAUACCCAAUCUGAUAGCAGACAAAGCUCAGAGCCUAGUCCCAAUAUUAGCAAUGCCUCAGAAGACAUCGCUGAUGAAGCUGGCUUCACCGUUGUAGAUGAUAACUCGGAUGGUGAUCAUAGUAAUACCUUUUAGUUUUUUUUAGCAUUUUUAUGAAAUGCUGUAUUAUAUGUAAUGUUUGUAGUCAUAGUUUUUCUUUUACCAACAAAUUGGCAUACGUUUUAACCCAAUUAUGCUACCAAAUGAUAUUUAUCAUAGCUAAAUUAUUUUGCGUGUAACUAUGUAUUUUUUGCACGAAUAGAAUUAUAAGUUAAACCUUAAAAUAAGUUUAAAAAGUGUCAAAAAUACGCCUAAAAUAUACAUCAU